AGUGACUAUCCCAUACCAACUCAACCAUGGUUGGAAUUUGUGGCUUACGACUUAAUCGGCGUUUGUUUUGAUUCCUAUAAAUGCAAAACAAUAACUCCUUAAUCUUUCAUCGAAUAUUUUCUCUGAGGUUGUUUUCUUCAGUACAUCUAUUGCAGUUGCAAACAAGUUAAAAGCUUUCAGACGGACGUUUCUACUUUCCAAACAAGCAAGGUACAUGGUUGAGUUAGACAUUCAGAUUCCAUCUGCUUUUGACCCAUUUGCUGAGGCGCAGGACACUGAUGCCCCCGGGGCCAAAGAGAAUGUACACAUUAGAGUUCAGCAAAGGAAUGGAAAGAAGUGCCUGACUACGGUGCAGGGGUUGAAGAAAGACUUCAGCUACGAGAAGAUCCUCAAGGAUCUCAAGAAGGAGUUUUGCUGUAACGGCAAUGUGGUUCAGGAUAAAGAGUUGGGCAAAAUAAUUCAGCUCCAAGGUGAUCAGCGCAAGAACGUGUCCCAGUUUCUUGUUCAGGCUGGUCUAGUCAAGAAAGACCGCAUCAAGAUUCAUGGUUUUUGAAGACCUGGGUCAUGUUUUUAUGAUAGUCUAGCUUGUGGGCUCAGAUCAAUUACAAAAUAAGGUUUAUGUGUGAAAUUGUUAUGGGUUUUCUGUUUUACUGGUGAUAGGUUUAGCCUCAGUGGAGGUUUGUUCUGUGUUUUCAUCUUUGUUUUUGUUUCAUUUUCCUUGGGUGUUUUUUGUGUUUUGUUUUAACAUAUGAAGGCACCAAAUAUAUGUGAUGGUAUUUUAUUCUUAAUAAAUAUGGAAGCUACUUUAGUUUCUAAACA